CCGUUCCCGCAACCCUGCCGAGCGCCCGCGGGCCGGCGCGCAGCACAGCGCACCUCCGGAUAAAUGAAGAGAACACUUCCUAAGAAGAGUGAAAGUACUUGGUUCUGGGAAAGGGCUUAGGACAACUCUAACUUCAAAGCUGGAGAAAAGUAUGAAGGAACAAUCCAUCUGACUCCCUCAGCAUCUCAUAUAGAACACAAAAUGGCUCUUCAGAAGAAAGCUGUUUCUGGGGUCUUGGAGAAGUGGUGUUUGGAGGAACUGCUGUUUAGUUGCAGACAGCAACACAAUGUUAGGAAAAAACUGAGACUGAUACGAAUUAUAGGGCUUCUUGUCAGUGUAGUGGCCAUUAGUACUUUCUCUCUUUCAAUUAGUGCCUUUUUCAAGAUGGAACCACAUAGCAUGGCUUUGCCCAACAACCUAGUUAGCCAAAAGCUGGUGCAUGGAAACCAAAGAACUCUGUUGGAUAUCACAGAACAGAAUGAAAACGGCAGUCCAGACCUACACACUUACAUGAAACAAGAAGCCCAGCACAACAAUGCAACAGAUGGUCAUGCCAAAGGAGAGUACCCCGAGGACCUUUUCUCACUUGAGGAGAGAAGAAAAGGAGCAGUGAUCCUCCAUGUGAUUGGAAUGAUUUACAUGUUUGUAGCCUUAGCCAUAGUCUGUGAUGAGUUCUUUGUUCCUUCUUUGACUGUCAUCACUGAAAAACUGGCCAUAUCUGAUGAUGUGGCAGGGGCGACCUUCAUGGCUGCUGGUGGGUCAGCCCCAGAACUCUUCACUUCUUUAAUAGGAGUGUUUAUAUCCCACAGCAAUGUCGGCAUUGGCACAAUAGUAGGAUCUGCUGUGUUCAAUAUCCUGUUUGUUAUUGGAAUGUGUGCUUUAUUUUCUAAAGAGAUCUUGAACCUUACUUGGUGGCCACUGUUUCGAGAUGUGUCCUUUUACAUCAUUGACUUGAUCUUGCUAAUCAUAUUCUUUCUGGAUAACUUCAUCCUAUGGUGGGAAAGCAUAACGCUCCUGACAGCAUAUAUUUGCUAUGUGGCUUUCAUGAAGUUCAAUGUUCAAGUAGAAGAAUGGGUGAAGACAUUUUUAAACAGGAACAAGGUUGAGAAGGUAACAGCAGCCGAUGCUGAAGAAAAGUCUGGCGACAAGGAUGACCAAACACUGACGACGAAGCCACGGCUCCAGCGGGGAGGAAGCUCUGCAUCUCUCCACAAUAGUCUCAUGAGGAACAGCAUCUUCCAGCUCAUGAUUCACACACUUGACCCACUCGCUGAAGAGCUUGGAUCAUAUGGAAACCUAAAAUAUUAUGACACAAUGACUGAAGAAGGAAAGUUCAAGGAAAGAGCCUCAAUUCUGCAUAAGAUCGCAAAAAAGAAGUGCCAGGUGGAAGACAGUGAAAGGCAAAAUGGAGCUGCUAAUCAUGAAAAAAGUGCAAAAGUGGAAGUUGCAGUAACACCACCAGCUGAUUCAGGACCAGUGCAGAAUGGAGUCGCCCAUAACAUUGAUGAAGAGAAUGAAGAAGAUGAAGACCAGCCUCUCAGCCUGGCCUGGCCUGACACUCCACGCAAGCAGCUCACUUACCUUAUUGUGUUACCCAUUGUCUUUCCUCUGUGGGUUUCUCUCCCAGAUGUCAGAAAUCCUGGAUCAAGAAAAUUUUUUCCUAUCACAUUUUUUGGCUCAAUCAGCUGGAUCGCAUUUUUUUCUUACUUAAUGGUCUGGUGGGCACAUCAGGUUGGAGAGACCAUUGGUAUUAGUGAAGAAAUCAUGGGAUUGACUAUUCUAGCUGCUGGCACAUCCAUUCCUGACCUUAUUACCAGUGUUAUUGUAGCACGCAAAGGUCUGGGGGACAUGGCUGUAUCCAGUUCUGUUGGAAGCAACAUAUUUGACAUCACAGUGGGCCUUCCUCUUCCAUGGCUCCUGUAUGCUGUGAUUAAUAACAUGGCCCCAGUGCAGGUCAGCAGCAAUGGUCUGUUCUGUGCAAUUGUCCUCCUCUUCAUCAUGCUGCUUUUUGUCAUCCUCUCCAUCGCUUUCUGCAAGUGGAAGAUGAAUAAAUUCCUGGGUUUUCUCAUGUUUGGGCUUUAUUUUGUGUUCCUGGUUGUCAGCGUCCUCCUGGAGGACAAAAUAAUCCAGUGUCCUGUCUCCAUCUAAUGGAAAGUGCUGUUUCUCAAGAAAAAAAACAAACAAGCAAACAUAGAUAUUUAUUUUAAAAAAUAAUUAAAAAAAAGUAAAAAUGAAACCAUGAAAAACCACACCAAAAGUUGUCUAUGAGAAUAACCCAUGGAUUUGUAAAUUUCCUCUCUCUCAAUUUUAAAAAAGAGAAAGAAAUAAAUAAAGAAAUAGAGAAAGAGAGAAAGAGAGAGAGGAAGAGAAAAAGAGAGAGAGGAAGAGAGGAAGACAGAGGAAAACAGAGGAAAACAGGAAGAGAGGAAGAGAGGAAGAGAAGAGUCCAGCUGCACUGGACUUUGUCUGCUGUAGAACAUCCUCACCGCUCAGUGCUGGACCUGCUGUGCACACACGGAAGCAGUGACAGCUACUGCUUCUCCUGUGCCCAUGGCACAUAGUCUGCAGGCUUCUUAUUCUCUGUAGUAGUAUACACAGACACACAGCAUGCUCAGUUGUUAAAGCUCUCAUCUUCUAAGGGGAAUGCUAAUGCUAACUUUGUGGGGGCACCAGCCCCCAUUCAUCCUGGUACGGGAUUUUUUCUGGUGAAACUCCUGAGUGGAAAGCAUCCACAGAGUGCAUGAGUCACAGCAAAGAGCUUGGACAUCUCUUCAUGUAAAUGGAUGAAUAUGAUGUGAUUUCAGCAAAGCCAGCGAGUUCCUCAGUGUUUUGACCCUCUGUAUCACAGGCAAGUAAAGACAAUCAGCAGAAUGUAAAUAGUGGUUAAUUUCAUCUUGCAAAACUCUUCAGAUACCUGGCACUGAAGGGGCAACGCUGCCUGGCCAUUUUGUAACUGGUGCAGAUUUUCAUUGCAUUCACAUGCAAAGACCAAAAUGGGGAUACUCUUUCUUAUCUAAUAGCAACACAGCAUGCAGAGAGAUCAUACAACUACUGUGUGAACACACCAUUCUUAUUAAUGCAGCAAUACCAACAGUACCAAUGGCUUUCAGAUGCUGUUAUCAUAAUGAGUUUGCCUUUUCAUGCCAGAAGAAAAAAGGCUAAUUUGCUUAUGCAUAGUAUUUCAUACAGAAAAUACAAGUAAUUGUUAAGUGACAGCCUAAUUGCUGAAGUGGAUAUAUAUUUUACAGUCUAACUUUCACUAUUACUUAGUGUGUAAGAACCUUCACAGCUACAGAUAGCCAUUGCUGGAAGAGAUCUCCAGCUGGUGUACAAAGCUGGGGCAGUUCAUAUUUGCUGUUAUAAAUCUUGAAACUAGGUAAGAGAAACUUAACAUUUUUAAUAUAGUGGAGCUUCAGGAGACCUACGUGAAAAAUUUUCAGUAUUGCUGGAAGUGUGAAUGCCUAAAGAAGCCCAGGAAGGAGUGAAAAUGCAGUAUUAUUUUCCUGAAAUUGUAAAGGAAGGAGAAAAUCCAAACCUAGAACACAAAUACAAGGGGGAAGUAAGCAACAAAGUGUUAAUCUUUCCUAUAGUUUGGAUUAUUAAAAAAAGAAAAAGAAAAAAAAAAGGGAGGACUCAAAUGUGCAUUAAGUAAUUAUUUCAGAUAAUUGUUGUUUGUUUAUUCAAAUAUUUUGUGUGGUUAGAGUUCAUGAAAUUUCAGCACAUUUCUGUGACCUGUUCCGGCAUUGUUUUGUAUUCAUAUUGCACUCACAAUGGCAAGGCCAUGCUUACAGCUGUGUAAGAGAAGGUUCAGCACAUUUUGUCUUGUCUGUUUCUCUGUGUUCCAUGCUGUUUGUAUCUCACUCAUCACCUUUGUCCUUUACUAUUUUCCUAUUAUAUGUGUUUGUAUAUAACAGAAUCUGUUUAGAGACUAAGGACUUGACAAUAUAAUGGUAGAGAAAACAGUAAAAAAUACAUAUUAAAAAUUGCUAAAAUGUUAAUAUUAUAUGAUCUCGUGAAGAAAAAAGUGAGAUACUAAUGAACAAAAGCAAGAAAACUAGGAGUUACAAUGUGUGCUACUCAUGUCUUCUCCUAAAGUAUUAAGUCCUAGCUACAUUCAGAAUCAGUAUUUGAUCUUAACCAUACAUUUGCAACAUCUCUUGCUGCUUAGUGCUUUGUAAUGUGAGCUUCUGUCAUUGUGAGCAAAAAUUUAUGUAUUUGAGAUCCUUCAUUGCUCCAAAAUCCUGACCCAUCUUCACGAUAGUGCUGCUACCUCUUAGCAUUUGUUUCUGCAGGCAUGCAAGACAGAAGGAUUGGUGUUUAUGUACCUGCUGUGCCCUCUGCUGACAGGAGCAGCAAUCUUGGGAAAGCAAAUCAGUAAACCAAAUUCUGAGCUCAAACGAAACAGGUGUCCCAAAAUACAGAGCUGACUCCACAUUAUAAUCUGUCCCCGAGGAGUUACCAAAUGCUUUUUAUUUCUGAUGAUGGUGCUCAAAACAGGUUUUUUGCAUGACCCACGCAAACCU